AUGUCUUUCAGCUUUAAGCCGACUCUGUCGAUUUUAGGGGGCAUCUACACGUACUUCUUUUUCUUUGCCGAUAACAAUUCCUAUGUAUUCAUGCUGGCAUCUCAGGUUCUCCGACCAUUUUUCCAGUGGCUUUCGCUACUUAGUAGCUCAUUGAAUCCCUUGAUAUACAUCGCCUAUAGUCAGAAAUACCGGCGAGCGUUCCACAAGAUAUUACUGCUUCCAUGCCGAUCAAAGUAUGAGCGUGUACGAGGGACGCUUCUGCGCAGUCACGAUACUCAAAUUUCCGAAGGCAGUGAAAUAAAAAAGGUUCGUAGUCUGUCAGAGGAAGCUACUUGUAUGAAUGGAGGCUAAUUCAACGGUGAAGCGCAGCAGCCGAUAUUUGCAUUCGACAACGACGGAGUUGUCUGGGAUGAAGGAUGGGCCCAUUUCGCCGAUGAUAGCAAUGAUGGAUAG